UAGCGAACGACUUCCUUCUCCUCCUUCCACGGCCAUUCAUGGCCAUGCUCGCGACUCGUUCUAAACAACUCAAAGAGAAAGUUGCUCUCUUUUCAAAGUCCUAUUCUACACAUCGACCUCUUGUUCAGCGCGUUCUUAAUAUCGCAUUCGUACUCUAUUUCCUAGGGAAUACAUUCAGAGGAUUAUCAGCGCGACCCUCAAAGCCAUCGUCAUUAAGUAGAGGAAAGGAGUCGAAUGGAAAGGAUGCAGGAAAAUCUCGGGUCGCUGUCGAUGCAGUAUUCUACCAACGACUGGCUCGGAUCUUGAAGAUCGUCAUCCCAGGAAUCAGAUCCAAAGAGGCCAUGCUACUUAUCAUGCAUUCGAGUCUUCUGGUUCUUAGGACCGCGAUAUCUCUCUAUGUCGCAGCUCUAGACGGAAAGUGCGUGCAGUCCAACGUGGAAUCCCCGAGGCUCUUACAUCAUUCACAGGAUCGUAGCCUCACUGGUUCGAGCUCAACCCCUUCAGUUUUUUUGGAACAUUCUUCGCUGGCUGCUAGUAGCAGUUCCUGCGACAUGGACCAACAGUUGGCUUAGCUAUGUCCAAAACAAGCUCGCUAUAGCGUACCGAACGCGUCUGACGCAAGUUGUCAUGAAAGAAUAUCUUGGGGAAGAGUAUGAAGGCCCUCAAGGGAAAGUUUACUACAAGCUUGCCAAUCUAGAUGAUAGAAUAAAGAACGCAGACCAAAUGAUUACGCAUGACAUCCAACGAUUUUCCAGUCACAUAGCUGCUGUUUAUUCUAACCUUGCAAAACCUACGUUAGACGUAAUUCUCUAUAACUAUCAGCUAUCUCAGAAUGUUGGUGCCGAGGGUUUGCUGGUUUUGACGGUACUGGUUCAGUCAACGGCUGGCUUGCUGCGUCGAGUAACUCCACCAUUCGGGGCUUACGCCGCGCUCUCUGCUCAGUUGGCGGGUCAGCUUAGACACGCACAUUCUAGAUUAACAGAAUUUGCGGAGGAAGUGGCUUUUUUGCGCGGCGAGAAUACGGAGAAACUACUCUUGCAGAGAGACUACGCGACGGUCAUUGUACACGAGCGAAAGGUUCUCAGACGACGAUGGUGGUUCGGAUGUGCUGAGGAGGGCAUUGUUAAAUGGUUGUGGGGGAGUUUUGGACUUGUACUUUGUGCGAUCCCUGUGUUCUUCAGGAUUCCCGGUAUUGAGAACGUCGAUCUGGGAAGUAGAACUGAAGGUUUUGUUACGAACCGGAGGCUUUUACUCUCAGCUUCUGACGCAUUCGGACGAGUGAUGUAUUCGUAUAAAGACCUGUCCGAACUAGCUGGAUAUACAGCUCGAGUUUCUCUUCUGCUUGAAACCAUGGAAGACAUGCGGAAAGGUAGGUUUGAGAAGGCCUUAGUCGGCAGUGCUACCACGGGGGAGAACGCGAGGAUUCUUCGUGGGCGGGGAAAGGUGAUCUUAUCAGAGGACAUCGAGUUCGAAAAUGUACCCAUCGUCACUCCGAACGGCGAUAUCCUUGUGAGAAGUCUGAGCUUCCAUAUCAAGCAUGGGCAACACCUACUCAUCGUCGGACCCAAUGGAUGCGGGAAGUCCUCCUUGUUCCGUAUCCUUGGUGGUCUGUGGCCGGUUUACGGAGGUGUAGUUCGCAAACCCCUCGCAUCGGAGUUCAUCCUUAUUCCUCAAAGACCUUAUCUCUCCUUGGGUACUCUUAGGGACCAGGUGAUAUACCCACAUUCGAAAGCUGAUAUGGAAGCCCGUGAUAUCACGGACAACGACCUCCUUAACGUUCUGGCUGUCGUGCAGAUGGAGGGCGUGGUGGAACGUGAAGGAGGGUGGGACGUGGCGAAAGAAUGGAGGGACGCACUGAGUGGGGGCGAUCAGCAGAAAAUUGCAUGGGCCAGGCUAUUUUACCAUAAUCCUAGGUACGCAGUUCUCGAUGAAGCCACUUCAUUAGUGCCUCCCGAUAUGGAAGGAAGGAUGAUGGAACAUGCGACGAAGUUGGGGAUUACCUUGCUAACUGUGUCACAUCGGCCUUCGCUGUGGAAGUAUCACCAUAUGAUCUUGCAUUACGAUGGGCAAGGGGGAUAUGUUUUCACCAAACUGGACGCCGAGAAGAGGCUGGCGAUUCAACAAGAGAAACAGGCAUUAGAAUCGAAGUUGCUGGAAGUGCCGAAGAUGAGGGCAAGGCUGGAGGAACUGCGAGGGCUGGCGUGAAAGAAUACACCGUUUAUUGAUUGCUGUUACACCGUCUGAUGGCAUAGUCGUUGUAAUUGACUUUUGUUGUUCUCAACUGCAGUAUCAUCGCGUCUCAU